AUGCACUUAGUUGCGGGAGGCGAUGGGCAGGCCUCCGGCCUUGAGCAGCAAUCAAAAUCCAUCCAGCCGAGGCGUAUGCUACUAGCCACCUCUCUCCCUUUUAUGAAGUCUUGCCUUCUCUACUCACUGGCCGUCUGGGGCGCCUUCACAAUCAUUGCCAAGCCGUUACGUGCAAUUGAACUUCCUUUCAAAGGCCAAAUAUCCUCCAGCAUUGAUCUAAGGGGAUGCGACUGUGGAGAGUCCUUUGCAGAGGCAAUAUCCCGCGGUUGCCAAUUCGACGGGCUCGCAAUGGCCUGGCUUCCGGAGCAUUGUCGCGAUGAUGAAUUAGUGGAAGAAUUCAACACAAUGGGAGAUGGUCCUAACGGCACGUGGAUCUACUAUGCCGAUCGAGAAAAUACCAUCCAGAUUGACCCCGAGGAAGUGGCAGCCUUGGGGGAUCGCCCUAAGGCUUUGGUCCAUAUGAGUGUCCAGUGGCACACCAUCCAUUGCAUAUUUUAUUGGCGAAAGCAGUUCCGGACACGAUCCAAUGGCAAGAUCGUGGAGCCCAGGUCUGAUUCAGAGCAUCACAUCAAGCACUGUGGAGAAAUCUUCUUGUCGCCAGGGUCGGGGACAAAAUCGGGGGUGGCUUUGAACACGAACAUGGAAUAG